CUCCGCCCGUCAGCUCAGCUGCGAGUAGACCGUCAGUUAGAGACCGUCGGAAGUUUUAGGGUGAUGGGCUGAAGGUCCAGUGUAAACGGCCAACACACUGCUACAUACGAGUUUUUUACAGCUGCGUACGAGUUUGGUAAUGCAAAGGUUUAGAAAUGCCAUACGUAGAUCGUCAAAAUCGAAAUUGUGGCUUUCUAGACAUCGAAGAAAUAGAAAACAGCGGCAAGUUUUUGCGCCGCUACUUCAUCCUGGACACAGUGGAGGGCAGCCUGGUCUGGUACAUGGAUAACCCCCAGAAUCUUCCAGAGGGAACAUCUAAUGUUGGCUCCUUGAAAUUAACAUAUAUAUCCAAGGUUAGUGAUGCCACCAAACUGCGACCAAAGGCUGAGUUCUGCUUCGUCAUCAAUGCUGGAAUGAGGAAGUUUUAUCUUCAAGCAAAUGAUAAGCAGGAUUUAGUGGAUUGGGUGAACGUGCUCAACAAUGCCACCAAAAUCACAGUGCCAAAGUCAAGUGAGCAGUGGUCUCAUACAUCAGAAGUGGUUGCCGACGCAUUGGGUGCCACGAAACAAAUGUCCUAUAAAACAGAGAUCGUUGCAGGAGUUCCCAUCAUUACCACCACGCAGGAGAAAGGGGAAGGUCUGAAUGGAGCCGACAAGAGCGGAUUGAGAAAACCUCACGGUCCGCUGCCAUAUUACCUGAGCCGUAGUAACCAGGACCAGACGGUGAUCAAAGCCGGAUAUUGUGUUAAACAGGGAGCUGUGAUGAGAAACUGGAAAAGGAGAUACUUCAUACUGGAUGACAAGAACCUCAGCUACUUCAAAUCAGAUAUGGAGCGAGAGCCGCUACGACUUAUCCUACUGAAAGAGAUCAACAAGGUGCAGGAAUGUAAGCAAAGGGAUGUGAUGAUGAGAGACAAUCUAUUUGAACUGGUCACUACCUCGAGAACUUUCUAUAUUCAGUCUGACAGCCCAGAGGAGAUGCACGGUUGGAUCAAGGCUAUCUCUGGAGCCAUAGUGGCCCAGCGGGGCCCCGGACGAUCAGCAGCCUCUAUGCGUCAGGCCAGACGGCUCUCAAACCCUUGUAUACAGAGGUAUACAACCUGCAAUGGUGAAUGCGCCACGAACACGCCGAACCCUCCUCCAUCUUCUACGGUGAACCGAGUCUCCCAGAUGGUGCCGCACCCCUCCCCAUGGAACUCGGUUACCCAGAAUGCCGUUCCUCCUCGGGCCCUCAGCAUGGCGUGGGAGGGGCCAGACCUCAGCGGCCUGUUGCCGGGGACGCGAUCGCGUUUGUCGCUCCAGGAGUCGUCCCAAGUGUUCUUCAAGUAAAUGCAGAUUCUUCUUCCCCUUUGCAGCCAGGAAGCAGCGAGAAAGAGCCUUCGAAUUACUCUUCGGAUGAAGAUCUGCAGGCUACAGUGGUGUAAGAGUAUACUUACUUUAGUACGCAUACACAAAUAGCAAAUAAUGAGGUGUAAUUUAACAAGAGGAAUGUGAAUAGUUUUAGCCGAGUGCAUCUGGACACGCACAGGGAGUGAACUGCACAUUAGGUUCAUAAACCGGAGAACUUGGAUCGAUUGAGAGGACUAAGACUUUUAUUUCCAUCUCAAGCUCAACUGUGUUACCAUUUCCCAUCUAUAUUUUUGACUAAGCUAUUUGGUAGAGAUGUGAAAGUUUUGGCUAAUAUGAGAUACCUGUACGUCUAUAAUGUUUGUCCAUUGUAAGAAAAAAAUACUGACUGCAUAAAGUUAAAUCACUUCAGGAAUAAGGAAUAAAAGGAUAGAAGUAUGACAGGAUUGUUUUGAACUGUGUCAAGACUACACGGCUACAAUUGGAAAGUCUGUAAAGGAAAAUAUCAAAGCAAUCUAAGGUUAUCUGUAGGCCUACUCCGAAAUGAUUUUCAGUUUUUCUGAAUUUACUAUUUAUAGAUACUGUAUGUGUUUAGGCAAAAUGAUCAUGUUUGUUUCAUUCUAUGAACUACUGACAGCAGUUCUCCAGAAUUCCAAAUAAAAGUCUUGUACUUAA